AUGCGCCCCAAGCCCCCAACCCUACAACCACCAACCACCCUCCAUGAAUCACCCAUCCCUCCCCCCUGCAAACGAAAGUCCGCCGCUCUUGGGCUGGCCAUCGCCGGCGCCCUGGGCCUGGGCUACGCCAACAUCUUUGUGACCGCGCCCUCCCCUGAGAACCUGCGCACCCUGUUCGAGUUCGUGUUCAAGGGGCUGGACGCCCUCGGGUACCAGGAGCACAUUGACUACGACCUGGUGGAGUCCACCAACCCGGCCUUUGGCCGCGCGGUGGUGCGCGUCAACGUAUACAGGAACCACAGACAGACAGUGCAGUACAUCCAGCCGCAGCACCACUCGCGGCUGGCGCAGGCGGAGCUCCUGGUCAUCGACGAGGCGGCCGCCAUCCCCCUGCCGCUGGUCAAGGCCAUGCUGGGGCCCUACCUGGUGUUCCUCUGCUCCACGGUCAACGGAUACGAGGGCACCGGCCGCAGCUUGAGUUUGAAGCUCAUACAGCAGCUGAGGGAGCAGGCCGCAAAGCCGGGGGCGGCGGGCGGCGGCGGCGGCGGCAGCAGCAGCGGCGGCGGGGGCGGCGCGGGGCUGGGGCGCACAUUCCGAGAGGUCACCCUGAGCGAGCCUAUUCGCUACGCCCCGGGUGACCCCGUUGAGUCAUGGCUCCACAGCCUGCUGUGCCUGGACGCGUCCACCCACCUGCCACGGCCGCCCCCCAAGCUGCCGCAUCCCUCAGAGUGCGACCUUUUCUACGUGGAGCGGGACACCCUGUUCAGCUUCCACAAGGCCAGCGAGGCGUUCCUGCAGCAGGUGGUGUCGCUGCUGGUGGCGUCGCACUACAAGAACACGCCCAACGACCUGCUGCUGCUGGCGGACGCCCCCGCCCACCAGCUGUACGUGCUGCUCGCGCCGGUGGACGAGACGCAGAACGCGCUGCCGGACGUGCUGGCUGUGGCGCAGGUCGCGCUGGAGGGCGCCAUCAGCGCCAAGGCCGCCACCACCAGCCUGGCGCGCGGGGAGCUGCCCCAGGGGGACCUCAUCCCUUGGAUUGUGGGCCAGCAGUACCAGGAUCCCGAUUUUCCGCGGCUGUCUGGCGCGCGCGUGGUGCGCAUCGCGGUGCACCCGGAGCUCAGCGGCGCCGGCUACGGCAGCCGCUGCGUCGAGCUGCUGCGGCGCUACUUCCAAGGGGAGAUCACGGGCCUGGACGAGGAGGAUGAGGAGGCUGCGGAGGACGGGCACGCAAACGGCAGCGGCGGCUCCGCCAGCGAGCGGCGGCGCGCCGCGGCGGCGGCAGACGGCGGCGACACUCUGCUGACUGAGAGCGUCAAGCCGCGCCUGGGGCUGCCGCCGCUGCUGGUCAACCUGGCGGAGAGGCGCCCCGAGCGCCUGCACUACCUGGGGGUCUCCUUCGGCCUGACGCAGCAGCUGUUCAACUUCUGGCACCGCGGCGGCUUCAAGCCGCUGUACCUCCGGCAGAGCGCCAGCGAGACCACCGGGGAGCACACCGCAGUCAUGGUGCGCCCCCUGGAGCAUCCCGAGGUGGAGGGCACCGCCUGGCUGGACCCCUUCGUGCAGGACUUCAAGCGGCGGCUGAUGAUGCUGCUGGGCGGCGCGUUCCGCGACAUGUCGCCCGCGCUGGCGCUGUCGCUGCUUGACCCGCGGCUGACGUGGUCGGACGCGGAGGGCAGCGCGGCGGCGGCGGCGGCAGGCGCAGGGCCGGGGUCGGGCGUGGUGGCGGUGCACGGGGACGGCACGCCGUUCACGCCCUACGACCUCAAACGGCUGCAGGCCUACAGCAGCAACCUGGUCGACUUCCAUUUGGUCCUCGACCUGCUGCCCCCCCUGGCUGCCACCUACCUGGCCGGCCGCCUGCCGGCCACCCUCAGCUACGGCCAGGCCGCCAUUCUGCUGGCCCUGGGGCUGCAGAGGCGCGAGCUGUCAGAGGUCUUGGCGCUGUUCAAUAAGGCGGUGCGGAAGCUGCACUCUCAUAUACGCGCCGCCAAGGAGGCCGCCAUAUCCCGCCACCUCCCCAAGCCGAGCGCCGCGCCCGCGCUGGCGCCGCUCGGCGCUGCCAGGGGCGGGGGCGCCGACCUGGAUGCCGAGCUGGACGAGGCGGGGGAGGAAGCUUCGCGGAAGCUGCGGGCGCUGCUGGACCCGGCGGAGCUGCAGCAGUACGCCGUCACGGGCGCGGACGAGGACUUUGCGCGCGCGCUGGGCGGCGCCGCGCCGGGCGCCGGCGGGGUCGUGCAGGUCAAGAGCAGCAGCGGCGCCAAGAAGGCGGGCGGCAAGGACGGCAAGGACGGCGGCAAGGACGGCGCGCAGCUGUACAAGAAGGGCGGCGGCAAGAAGCAAAAGGGGACGCCUGGCGGCGGCGGCAAGCCCGCCAAGAAGCACAAAAAAGGAUGA